AUGGCUGAACUCAUGGAAGCUCUAAUCAUCAGCAAGGACACUACUACUACAUUCCCUAGUUUUCCUCAGAGAGUACACCUUUUGUGGGGUGAAAAUGACCGAUUCUUCAAUCUUGAAUUUGCGAAAGAUUUGCGAGUGAAAUUGGGAGAAAUGACUGGCUUGGAUAGUAUAGAGAAUGGAGGUCACUUGGUGCACUUGGAGAAACCAUUAGUCUACAAUAAAAUUCUCAACAAAUUCCUUGCUUCUGUUCAUUAG